GGAAAAGUUUUGUACGAAACGGAAUCCUCUGAUGCAGGCAACAGAAUCGGUUGAAUAGUUGUCAAUGCAGCAACAGUUUUUCUCCCAAUUCAUCCAUCCAUCAUGUCGUUCUGAUGAACGGAUGUUAUCAGAGCGGUUACAUACGUCUCUCGCUCCUGACGUGAUAUUGUACCAAAAAUAGUUUCUAGCUGAAACCGGAAGAGCACCACGGUUGAGGAGAAUGUAGAGAGGAUAAUUUCCGGGUAUUUUGAAGUGUUUUUUUUACUGGUGGUAGUUCAUAGUUCUGAUGUGAAUAUUUCUUGAUGUACGCAUAUUGUGAAAAGUUCGGUGUUUGUAGCGUUUUAUCGGUAUUCUUACCUGUCUGUCAUACUGUCUGUGAUAGCUUUUAUCUCUUUUGGAAGCUGCUUACUGUAACCGUCGAUUUUACAGAAUAUUUGUGAAGUAAAUUUAUUCCGUUAAACGUCGAGAUAAGCGGAAAACAAUACUGAACGUGAAAACGCAAUUUGCGCCUGCGACAACAUUCUUUCAGGAAUAUAAAUAAAUUGAAUUUUCGCGUCGCGAUUUGUACGAUUAGGAAUGUGGAUAUGUGGAGUGGGAUUGAUUGAACAUCCAACAUAUACGCGGAUUUUUAAUAACGAGAAACAAGUCCUCUAAGCCUAGUGAGAUUUUGUGCGGCGUUCGAUUUCCCGUCAGCGGAAAUCAAAACCGAUGUGCGAUUGCGGGGAGGUUUUCAUCAAAUCAUGAGAAAAUGAAUUGUUUACACAACGAGCAAAUAACUUGUGUCCGCAUUCAGAUGGUUUACGGGAACAAAUUGAAAUGUGAAAUACAAUCACUUACUGGAAUCGGUGUCUUAUGGUAAAUCUUACGUUCCGGCUUCGUCCCGGUGGAUUGUGUGAUAAACUCUUUUCCUAAUUGGGAAAGCAAAACGACGGCAAGUUAUUGUGCAUCUCGAAAUUCCUGAUAGAUUCGAAAGGGACGAAAGGGGAUUUAUUCAACCAAUUUCGAUACGGUAAAGGAAAGAAAACAGAUUCGGAACGGCUCGUUCGACUUCGAAUAGACUCGGUACGGUUCAUCAGAUUCUCAGCAUUCUGGCGGUCGUGCAAGGCAAGCGUGCCUGCGACAAACAAAGGGGAAUAAGUUUUUGCAAGCUUGCGGAUUACAAGGGCUUCGAGCAUGGAUUCCUAGCAACUUAAAAAUAUGAGUCAACGCCAAAGGAUUAGUUGACAUUAGGUUUCAUAAUAGUGCACAAUAGUUUGAAUAAAGAUGAUCGGUAGUGUAGGCGGCCGGCACAUGUCGAACCGGCGGCGUGGUUCCUCGCCGAUGGUCCGGCUGGGGAAUAAUCUGAACCUACAAGUAGAGCCACCAGACGGCCUAAUCACACCACGCGUUUCACCCCGCCGGCGGAGGGCCGUAACGACAAGUGACCAUAAAAGUUGUGCUUUAAUACAAACAAGACUGAAACUCGGAGAUAUCAUGUUGGCAGCGGCUCAAGAAGCGGCGCUUGCAGGUCAGGGCUCCAACGGGGGCCAGUUCGGUCGCAAAGGAGGCCACUACUUAGCUGAUAAGAUGGGCGGCCCCAACAGUCAGGGGGGCCAGCCUCCAUCGGGAGGUGGGCCCACGUCGCUCUUCAUUCUCUCCGAGGAUAACAUCAUUAGGAAAUACACAAGAUUUAUAAUCGAAUGGCCGCCCUUCGAGUACGCUGUGCUGCUGACAAUCAUUGCCAACUGCGUGGUGUUGGCCCUCGAGGAGCAUUUGCCCCACGGCGACAAGACGCUGCUCGCCCAAAAGCUGGAGAAGACAGAAGCUUACUUUCUGGGCAUCUUCUGCGUGGAGGCCUCGCUUAAGAUCCUCGCCUUAGGGUUCGUCAUGCACAAACACUCCUACCUCAGGAAUAUAUGGAACAUAAUGGAUUUUUUCGUCGUAGUUACGGGGUUCAUCACAUUAUUCCCGCAGAAGGGACCCGAAGUAGAUCUGAGAACGUUGAGGGCCAUUCGUGUGUUGCGGCCCUUGAAAUUAGUAUCUGGAAUUCCUAGUUUACAAGUAGUUUUAAAAUCUAUCAUCAAAGCCAUGGCACCGUUGCUGCAAAUCGGAUUGUUAGUCUUGUUUGCAAUCGUUAUCUUUGCAAUCAUAGGCUUAGAGUUUUACUCGGGUGCGCUGCAUAGAAGUUGUUAUAGCUUAGAGGACAUCAGUCAAAUAGUGAAAGAGGGCGAAUUCCCGACGCCCUGCAAUGCGGACAACGACACGAUAGCACCGACCGGUGCCUACGUCUGCAACAGUAGCGAGAGCACCUGCGUCGAACAGUGGGAGGGUCCCAACUUCGGCAUCACCAGCUUCGACAACAUUGGCUUUGCGAUGCUGACUGUUUUCCAGUGUAUCACGAUGGAGGGCUGGACAGCAAUCCUGUACUGGACCAACGACGCUCUCGGGUCCACCUUCAACUGGAUUUAUUUCGUACCACUAAUAGUGUUGGGAUCAUUCUUCAUGCUGAACCUGGUUCUCGGUGUUCUCAGUGGAGAGUUUGCUAAAGAGCGAGAAAAGGUGGAAAAUAGGCAGGAAUUUCUAAAGCUUCGUAGGCAGCAGCAGCUGGAAAAGGAACUAAAUGGCUAUGUAGAGUGGAUUUGCAAAGCUGAGGAGGUCAUCCUGGCUGAGGAGAGAACCACCGAGGAAGAACGAAUGCACAUCAUGGAAGCUCGACGAAGGGCGGCAGCCAAGCGGAAAAAGCUAAAAAAUCUUGGCAAAUCGAAAUCGACCGACACCGAGGAGGACGAUGCCGAUGAGGACUGCGGGGAUGAUGUUAGUGUCACGAAGCGAAAGAGAGGUUAUCUGAAAGCGAAGGUGAAAACGGAGGGCAAAUGCAAAGGUUUCUGGAGGGCGGAGAAGCGUUUCCGCUUCUGGAUCCGGCAUACAGUCAAGACGCAGUGGUUCUACUGGUUUGUCAUCGUGCUGGUGUUCUUCAACACGGUCUGCGUAGCGGUCGAACACUACGGUCAGCCUAGUUGGUUGACGCAGUUUCUAUACUAUGCGGAAUAUGUGUUCCUGGGACUGUUCAUGAUGGAGAUGUGGAUCAAGAUGUACGCACUCGGGCCACGCAUUUACUUCGAGUCGUCCUUCAAUCGGUUCGAUUGUGUCGUCAUCAGUGGGUCCAUCUUCGAGGUGGUAUGGUCCGAGGUGAAAGGCGGUUCAUUCGGUUUGUCUGUACUGAGAGCUUUAAGAUUACUUAGGAUAUUUAAGGUAACAAAAUACUGGUCGUCACUGCGUAAUUUAGUGAUAUCGUUACUCAACUCGAUGAGGUCCAUCAUCUCUCUGUUGUUCCUGCUCUUCUUGUUCAUAUUGAUCUUCGCACUACUUGGAAUGCAACUGUUCGGAGGGCAGUUCAAUCUGCCUGAUGGAACGCCGCCGACGAAUUUCAAUACGUUCCCGAUCGCGUUACUAACGGUGUUCCAGAUUCUGACCGGAGAGGAUUGGAACGAGGUGAUGUAUCAGGGUAUAGAGUCCCAGGGAGGCCACAAAAAGGGAAUGAUCUACUCGCUGUAUUUCAUAAUCUUGGUACUGUUUGGUAACUACACACUGCUGAAUGUGUUCUUGGCUAUCGCCGUCGAUAAUUUGGCCAAUGCCCAAGAACUGACUGCUGCCGAGGAGGAACAGCUGGAGGAGAACAAAGAAAAGCAGCAGAUGGAGCUAGACAAGGAAAUGGAAGCGCUGCAUAUACAGACCGAUGGGUCACCACCCCGGGUUGAGGUUUCUUCUCCUUCACCAACCCGGGGGAAUGGUGGCAAGGUGAAAAAGAAGGAGGAAAAUGAUAAAGAAGAAGAUGACGACAUUCCUGAUGGGCCGAAGCCCAUGCUACCGUACUCGUCCAUGUUCGUACUGUCGCCCACCAAUCCAAUCCGCUGCGCAGCGCAUUGGGUGGUGAAUCUUCGUUAUUUCGAUUUUUUCAUCAUGGUCGUUAUCUCACUGUCAUCGAUUGCACUGGCCGCGGAGGAUCCGGUGGAAGAAGAUUCGCCCCGAAAUAGAAUUCUAAAUUUUUUUGACUAUGCCUUUACGGGAGUAUUUACGAUUGAGAUGUUGCUGAAGAUAGUGGAUCUGGGUGUGAUAUUACACCCGGGCAGCUAUCUGCGAGAGUUUUGGAAUAUCAUGGAUGCUGUGGUAGUCAUAUGUGCCGCUGUUAGUUUUGGGUUCGAUAUGAGUGGCAGCAGCGCCGGCCAGAACCUGUCCACCAUCAAAUCUCUCAGGGUGCUGCGAGUGUUACGUCCACUGAAAACAAUCAAGCGUGUGCCGAAGCUGAAGGCGGUCUUCGAUUGCGUUGUCAAUUCGCUCAAGAACGUUAUCAACAUCCUGAUAGUGUACAUUCUGUUUCAGUUCAUUUUCGCUGUCAUCGCGGUGCAGCUGUUCAACGGGAAGUUUUUCUACUGUACCGAUGACAGUAAACAUACGAGCGAGGAGUGCAGGGGUUCCUUCUUCGUCUACGAUGGUCCCGAUCAACUGCCAAGACGAGAGCUUCGGGAGUGGAAAACGCAGAGCUUCCACUACGAUAACGUGGCAACAGCUAUGUUGACACUAUUUGCCGUACAAACUGGUGAAGGCUGGCCGCAGGUUUUACAAAACUCAAUGGCAGCCACCUAUGAAGACAAGGGUCCAAUUCAAAAUUUCCGAAUAGAAAUGUCCAUAUUCUACAUAGUGUAUUUCAUAGUGUUUCCAUUCUUCUUCGUUAACAUAUUCGUGGCCUUGAUUAUAAUUACAUUUCAAGAGCAAGGUGAAGCCGAACUACAGGACGGAGAGAUAGAUAAAAACCAGAAAUCGUGUAUUGAUUUCACGAUAGGUGCUAGACCAUUAGAACGUUAUAUGCCAAAUACGCGCAAUAGCUUUAAAUAUAAAGUCUGGCGUAUCGUCGUCUCCACGCCAUUCGAAUAUUUUAUAAUGAUGUUGAUCGUGUUCAAUACGUUACUAUUAAUGAUGAAGUUUCACGAAGCGCCACCGACAUUGAUUGACAUACUGAGCAUCAUGAAUUUGGUAUUCACAUUCUUCUUUUUAUUGGAGACUAUUAUGAAACUAAUCGCAUUCGGAUGUAAGAAUUUUUUCAAAGAUCCAUGGAAUAUAUUCGAUUUUAUAACAGUUAUUGGAAGUAUUAUCGAUGCGUUAGUUCUAGAAUUAGGGGAAAACUCAUUCAACGUUGGAUUUUUAAGACUGUUUCGUGCUGCACGAUUAAUCAAACUACUCCGACAAGGUUAUACAAUACGAAUAUUACUUUGGACAUUUGUUCAAUCAUUCAAAGCACUGCCAUAUGUCUGUUUGCUGAUUGCCAUGCUAUUUUUUAUCUACGCAAUUAUUGGCAUGCAGGUGUUUGGAAAUAUUGAACUAGAGCCUGAAUCAGCUAUCACUAGACACAACAACUUCCGUUCCUUUGUCCAAGGGCUGAUGCUACUGUUCAGAUGUGCAACAGGCGAGUCGUGGCCGAACAUUAUGCUGGCAUGUCUCAAAGGGAGACCCUGUGACCCGAGGGCAGGCAAAACGAACGAAACCUGCGGAUCGACGCUGGCCUAUGCGUACUUCGUCUCGUUCAUCUUCUUCUGCUCGUUUCUUAUGUUGAACUUAUUCGUCGCCGUCAUCAUGGAUAACUUCGACUAUCUGACACGAGAUUCCAGCAUUCUCGGCGCUCACCAUCUCGAUGAAUUUGUACGGAUAUGGGCCGAGUACGAUCCGAAUGCUACGGGUAAAAUACAUUAUACAGAAAUGUAUGAUAUGUUGAAAAACAUGGAUCCUCCUUUGGGAUUUGGUAACAAAUGUCCCAACCGACUCGCCUACAAGAAACUGAUACGCAUGAACAUGCCACUGGACGCCGAGGGCAAGGUUGGUUUCACUACGACUCUGUUCGCGCUGAUCCGGGAAAAUCUCAACAUCAAAAUGAGAACUGCCGAGGAAAUGGACCAAGCAGAUGCGGAACUGCGACAAACCAUCAGCCACAUCUGGCCCCUGCAAGCGAAGAAGAUGCUGGACCUGCUCGUACCUAUGAAGGAUGAACUGAACGCUGGGAAGAUCACGGUGGGAAAAAUCUACGCAGGUUUGCUUAUUUUGGAAUCCUGGCGAAACACCAAGUUCGGACAGCUUGAGUCGGAUCUACCGGCACAAGAUGCAAGCAAAAAUAGUCCCACGGCCAGACCGCCGGAGCAUCAGGAUGUUUCAAGGCAACCAUCGCUGGAAUCGUUGACCGGAGGGGAUGGUCAUCUGCAUCCUGGCCAUGCAUACCAUAACGGACAUCACCGCAGGUCGCCUAGCUUGAGGAGGGAAUCGCCCCUGGUGAGGACGCCAAGUCCUCGACGUCGCCACCACCACGACAUAGGAUUUUCGGACACCGUAUCGAACGUGGUGGAAAUCCAAAAGGAAGAGCACAGACGUGGUAGGCAUCAUUUCGGCUACGCCCACAGGCACAAUCGAGGUUCCUGGUCAGCAUCAACCAGCCCCGCCCGCUCGCCAUCACCCAGUCGUGUUGGUGUACAUAGUAGUGCCCAGCAUCGUAGUAGAAAAGAUCGCCCCAAAAACCACCUGGUCCACCAACCGUACGACACGACAAUCCUCUGCGAGCGGUCCCGAUCGCCGAGUCCUGCCAGUUUGCUCCAAGAACUGCGGGACCGGGAUCACGUGCGGCGGAAAUAUAGGAAUGGAAUGGGUCCACCGGGACAUGUUCAGCACAGUUACCCUGUUUUGGUAUCUCGUCGCCAAGGACAAGGACGCAGGCUACCCCCAACACCAUGUAAACCGUCGACCCUACAGCUAGCGCAAACUAACAUUAACUUCCCGAAGCUGAACGCAAGCCCUACCCGCCAACAGGUACUGCGCUCUACCCACACGACGCCGCACAAUGUUCACUCGUUGCCACAGUCACGGGAGCUCCUACGGGAACGGGAGCGCGAACGUAACCGGGAUCUGUUCUAUCGGGAGCGCGACCGGGAACGGGACCGGGAGCGCUAUCGGAGUAGCCGCGAGCGGGAGUCACGAGACUACGGCCAGUCUCAUUUCGACUUCCGGGAUCGGGAACGAGAGUUGUACGAGCGCGAACGGGAGCUGGAGCGGGAGUUCGAACGAGAAUAUGAGCGCAUGGAACACCACGUGCCCCUCUCGUAUGAGCAGGCACUGGCGAUGGGCCGGACCGGGGGCCGUGUUCUCCCAUCGCCGAUAUUGAACGGCUACAAGCCGAAGGGUGGCCUUCACUCGUCCCGGCACUCCGACUCGGAUGACGAGGACUGGUGCUAGCACAGGGUGAGACGUCGUCAGUGCGAACGGAAACGGAGGGAACAGAUUUGGGUGUAGUGCGCCGAGCGGUAGACUUACACGAAAUUGAACAAAAACACGUAUUUAAGAACACAACCAGAAAUGUUACAUGACGAGAUCGAAAAGCUAUCAAAAGAUAAACAACCAUCGGGACGAGAUAGCUUUAUAUCCUACUUGAUGUGGGAAGGGAGUAUACACAAGCAGUAUCCCAAUUCCUUCGAGCUGACGCAAAAAGCAUCCAGACGUAUUAAACUCGGUGGUUCAUGUUUGAAUCACAAAACAGUUAAUGGUAGUGCUUAUAGGGUUUCUUUUAAUUUCUCUCGUUAAGUCCUAGUUAGAGCGAAUGGAGAAUUCUAGUUAAUCGUUAUUAAAUUUAAAUGAUGAACAAACGGAACCUGCCUUCAAAGCCACAAAUAAGAACAAAUGUAGACAGUCGAACGUAAGACAAACUAAGGGAGAAAAAUCCAACGGAAAACUACGACUAGUUAUGAAAUGAGUCUGUACAUAGCUACUAACUUUCCAAGUGUUUAAACGUUAUGAGAGAGCAACACGGAUGAUUUGUAUAUAACAGUGAACAACUUGAGCGGAAGCCACAUAAUCCACUACAACAUCAUUUUCAUCGGUAUUUUCUCGCGCUCUUGAUAUUAAUGAAUCAAACAUUUUACAGGGAAACCACCAGAAUCAGUCGCGCGUUGCACCAUCCACUCAUCAUAAUUAGGUUGCACGAAAUCAGACCAUCAUCAGCGAUAUCAAGAACUAGAUAAAAAAAAGACUGAAUUCGAACCAAAUAUCAAGCGAACGAUGUUCAGUGAAUGGUGAAAUGACACCGUUGCAGCAUUUCUCCCGGGUAUUUUGGUGAAAACCUAGAGAAGUAAACAGAAAUAAUUUAGAUUUUUGAGGACAGAUCUUGCAGUAAUGAUGUUCUGUAGAAGCAGGGAUAAUUUUUUUUCUUGGAAUAUUUUUCCCUAGCCAAGAGGUUUUGUGGAUGGAUUGGAGACACCUUAGUUUUACUCUGGAGUAGUUAGGUUUUUGUAGUUUUUGUCUCCCACGGGUCGUACACAUAGGGCUAUUUACUGGGAUGCUAUUUUGACAUAUACAGGUUGCCAACGAUUUGGUGGCAGUGCAAGUAGAAAAUUAAAAAAAAAACGCAAAAGAUAGUCACAACUGGAUAGACUUUUUAUACAAACCGUAUUUGUAUAGGACAUGUAGUAUUUUGCUCUGAUUAGUUAUUAAAAUUAGAAUAGCAGGAAAAUCUGUACCAAGUAAUAAGAUAGAGAUGUACAAAUCGGAAAACAUAGUAAUCGUACACAAUAUCAUCUGUAUGCAUUUUAGAAUAUAAUUUCUUCUGUGUGGUCGCCCUGUAAAUUGUUCUGUGUAUGACACCUGAAAAAGUGAGCUCAUGGACAUUUACUAUUAGACUCCAGGACAGUAAAUUCGCUGGAAAACAGUUUUUAACAUAAAAAACAGCGCUUUUUAAUAGUCUCACCGUUUCAGAAGGAGGUUCCGCUUCUGGACGACGAUUCUCCAAUAUCGGUAGUAGCGCAAUCUUCACUAGAGGAGCAGCGAUGGAUUUCGCAGCUUUUAUUAUGGCCAUUCCGUGUUUUCAUCAAUGUUCAAUGUCGCACAGGUUUCUUUUCAAGCCGGCUUGAAAACUGGUGCAGAUCUAGCGUAGCAGCUGAUUUUCAGUUGUAUUUACGGAUGCUUCCACAGCACACUUAAGAUUCUACUUCCACAUAUUGUAUACUCUGCGCUGUUCUUGAAAAAUGCAUAUACAUGGUCUUGUUAGUGCCAAUUUUGAUUACAUCAAAAGUAACACCAUGGGUGUGCUUCGGGAACACCUGAUUUCGAUCACCGACGAUCAAUAAUUUAUGACGAAUCGCGGUGAUCAUUAUUUGAAGUCCGGCAUGUGGCAACAUAGGGUGGUAAUUCUAGCAUACAAGAUAGUUGAAGCUCCGAAAAGGAGCCAAUCAGGAACUGCACAUCUUCGUACACGGCGGCUUUAUGCUUCACGGAAGUCGGCAGAGGUUAAGAACUGGAAUGGUUGUGUGGUGGUUAUCUUGGUAGGGACAUUCAAGACACGGGUAUAACGAGUUUCCCCCACAACGCUUGAACGUACUUACUUCUUCUUUUCUCUUCUCCCCUCGUGAUACCGUGCCGUCCAUUGUAGUCUCUUUAAUAGAACUGUGCAAACCCAUCACUUUCGAUCAGGUGCAUUACACUCAGCCCUAUGAUAGACAGCUAUGCUUUUUCAGGGCCCUACUACCACUUAUCUCUUCAUAUAUGCUCGGAUGAUGCCAACACCACAGGGUUCGAAAACUAUGAAAGAGCCUACAUCCCAGCUGUCAGAAGGUUUCAGAACCAAUAAAACUGCCUACACCUCAGCUGUUUGUCGCUCGAGUUGUUGGCGUCAAAUACACAGCCCUUCCAUAUGCAGCCAUGCUUUUGACGCCAACAUCUCGAGCACAAAACAGCUGGCAUCAUCCAAGCAAAUAGGAACAGAUAGGCGAUAGCAGUUUCCGGAAUACUGUCGCAAUAAAUCCUCUAGCGAAAACUUUGGCAUAGGUGCCCCCACACGGAUCGAUUUUUUUGCUGGUGAUAGAUAGAACUUCUCUGUUCCUAUCUUCUGACUUCGCAAUGUCACAUCCGCCCCAUUUCGUCGUAUUACAAUUAAUUCAUCGGGACUGAAAUGUUAUUUUCUUUUCUGAACCUUUUGACUAAUACCUGAUCUUUCCCUCAAUAUUAUUUCUACGAGCUCUACUCCGAGAUACCCUGUUCCUAUUGAGUUCGGUCGAAAUCACUAACUCACAGUCACAGUCACAGUGUUUUUCGCCAGGAAUUUGAGGAAGCUUGUUGCGUAUUCUCCUUCCAAACAUCAAGUCAAAAGGAGACCGGCCAGAGCAGUGGUCGGAUGAAGACUUAAGCGGUACGACAAAAUGUUUUGGUCCAAAACCCCCCUUCAAUAUUGUCCCAAAUCCUGAUCAAUCUUUAACCUUUUCAGUAUGGAACGGUUUUGUCACUCAUCAUCACCGCCAUUUUGUGUCCAGCAAGGUAUUGUGUUUACCUACUGUAUCCCCAAAUCUCCACAAAGUCACAGUACGGUGUUUUUUUGCCAUUUUUGGUGGGCGUUUGCGUCGUAUUUUUCCUCUCAAACGCCUCUUAACGCCAAGAUAAUACUGUUUAUUUAUCGUUUGGCCCUCCGGAAGGAAUUCCGAAUGGACAACAUCAUACCAAAAAUCGCCGAGCAAACAAAAGUUUACUCGUUCUUAAUGACGCUGUAAACAAACUAAAUGACAGAUCGCUAUCAAAAAUAACAUUAAGACCACUGACAGUAAUACCAACUUAAAAAAAAUUAAAAAAAUGGAACGUCAGAACAACAACAAAGCUCGUUGGCAAUGAUGAAAGCAGGUGACAGCUCUUCGACUUUAUCAAUAUCCAAUCAUUCUAAAACGUGACGCAUUUCUGAACCAUCCCGGGAUGUUCUGACAAUUUCUUCCCAAUCCAAUGCAGGGGUUGUUGCAACAUCUAGUGCAUCAAAAAAAGAAAAAUCAAAAGAAACUAGUUUGAGUGUGCUACGCUAUAUUCUCCUCACCCUGUGUGUAGAUUACUUUAUAGUCAAAUGAUCGGAUUUUCAAAACACACAAAUGAAUAGGUCUACUGUGAAUCUAUGGGUAAUAAAAUCUCGUGAUUACCAACCAGGGAAACCAGGAAAAAAAUUGUUGACAAUUCCUGACGCAACGGUCAUCCAAUUACUGUCUCAGACGAUAAUCGUCGCAAACCCAUCGAAGAUUUAAUUCAAAGACACCUGAAACACCUCCGACGUCGAGUUUGUCGUGUUGGAGUCAACCCGGCGCCAAUAAUCUAGCAGCACGACAACACUGGUCCACACACUUCAUGUGCACCGGAAGAGGCUCUGAAAAACCUGAAAUUUGAACCAACUCCACAACCUCUGUAUUCUCCCGACAUUGCGCUUUGCGGUUUUUAUUUUUUUUUCCUCUGCUCAAGAGGUUCAAGAUUUCAAUCAAAGGUAAUCAUUACAGCUCGAACAAUAUGAUAAAGGCAACCAUCGCGUUCGGGGUUCGAGAAAAGUUGGAAGAAUUUUACAGUGACGAUAUGAAACAACUUGUAACACGUUGGGAGGAAUAUGUAAUACAUAACGGUGACUAUGUUGAAACAUGUAUUUAUGAUUUUAAAGGAUAAGAUUAGUACUUCAAUUCGUGUUUUACCCAAUAUUGCUAUUUGUUUUUGUUCGUCUUCUACAAGCGUGUGUGUAUUACUUAUUAGCCUACCCUCGUAUUCAAUUGCUAUUAUGAUGCUACAUCUUAUUAUGUUUUUUUAAAUACCAAUCGAAUAAUUAGGAGACCAGUAAAUCUUCAAUGUAUUAUAGAGGGUCUAAAUUGGCAAAUUCAUUCACCUCGAACUUCUCAAAACACGACAUUUUCAGAUAUGUUUCAUGAUUUACACUAUCUAUUAACGGCCAGGGAACUUUCAGUAUCAGACGGCUCCAGACGUCCGAGUGAAAAUUGAACUAACUUGCUAGGCAAGAAUCCCGAGUUUAUAUACCCGAAUUUCUUAUCGAGCCUAAAUUUGUAAGGGGAGAAAAGAUCUCCCUUCCCCACUCAAAUAACCGAGACCGUGUCGGCUCAUCUGCCUGCCAAAUUCUAUCCGCUUGUUUUGCGGUCCUUCGCCCUCACUAGAGGGUUCAAUAAAGAUUUCACUACCUAACUAUUGCCGGCAAGAACAUCCAAUCUCUACGCCACCCGCGUAAACUCCUAAAUAAACAUUUUGGCUUACACGCCCUUUUCCUUCUUCGACCCUUCGCAUAUUUCAUGCGAUGAGGGACUAACCUAAACUAGGCUAAUUACCAAUGGCGCAGUAUCUGGGCCGCACGUGAUCCUUACUGAGAAUCGUGUUGGUGACCAGUUAUGUCAGGUUUGAAGACAAAUCUUCAUUUUGAAGACAUUUGACUUACUUUGAAGACAUUUGAUUUUGUGAAGACAUUUUGAAGACAUUAUGAAGUAUAUGAAGACAUUUGGCCGAAAAUAUCGUCAGAAGAAGUAGGGCUUUAGUCUCAGUGUCACUUGCUCUCUUUUUAUCAUUGCCAGUUGUUUACUUUUGUUUUAGUAACCAACGGAGACUUUCGUCUUGGGGUUCUUCACUUGCUUUUUUCAAACUUUUUCAAGCAGAAAAUCAACAAGCAUAUAGAAUGGAUCCAACAACAAAACGACUUUUACUUCAAAUUCUGGAGAACUUCGAGCAAUCUAAAUACAUAUUGUCUCUAGAAGACAUUAGUUCAUUUGCGUUCGAGAACUUGAAUGAUUUUGACAUUGUAUUUUUCUUGUUUUGGGCCUAUACUAUACAAUAAAUUAACCUAGAUCUUCCAAACGACCACUUUACAAAUCGAAGGUUUUCUGAUUAUUUUAUUUAUUUUAUUUUAUUUUAUUAAUCAUUACAGUGUAAGGUAAUGAUCAUGAUCAUCAAAUAUACAAGUUACAAAGUCUGAUCAUUAUUUUUGACAGACCUAUAUAUUUUUCAACUUUUUCCACAAAUCCCUACUAGAACUGGAUCCAUUCAAUCGAGAUGAAAUAUAAUUCAUCUUUGCAACGUGAAUCAGCUGUGUUACUUUGUUACGUAAACGCUUGUAUUGAAUGAAAUUCAAAGGAUCUCUGGUGGUAAUCCAUAAGCGAUACGCAAUAUUCCUUUCGACCAUGGCAUUUUGGAUUGCAUUGUUGAACCAUGGAUUUUUCUUUGGCCUUGAGAUUUUAAUAGGUACAAAUGAAUCAUAAAGUUCAAUGAAUCUUUGAUUUAGAAAAACCAAGGCAAUAUCAGGGUCAGAAAUGCUGUACAAUGAAGACCAAUCGAUAAAUUCUGUAGCACGGCCUAGACCGAUCAAAUCAACAUUAUUAUAAUCUCUAAAACAUUGAAAUUGAUUUGUAGUGUCAGUACGAUUGAAAUCCAACGAUGCAAAAAUAAUGUCAUGUUUAGAAAAACCGGGAGCUGAUACCUGGUUGAAACUUAAGAUGAAUUCCGUUCUAUUGGUUAACAUUAGAUAAAUCAACGAGCAUCCUCCGGGAUAGUAAUGAGUAGGCUCGAAAUUGACACAUGCUAUACCUAAAGAAUUCAAAUUGCUAUCUAAUCUCAUCGCUAGAGGUGAAGAAGAUCUCAAAUCAGUAUUAAAAUCUUCAACUACAACAAUAUUUGUAUAAUUUAGAGAUAAAGUACCAAGUUGAUUGAAUAAUAUUUCAGAGCUGUCGUUUCUGGGAGGGUUGUAAAUAGUACCAAGAAGAAAUUUAUUAUUAUUCAUUUGAACAUCGAGAAACAUAAAUUCAGUGCGAUUUACAUUUUCUACACCAUCAGAGAAAUCAGAAUGAGACAAAACUUUGUACAGCAAAUAUUUUUUAUAGUAAAUACAGAGUCCACUCACUACCUUGGCUGUAAAUUCUGUCAUUCCUGAUCAGGUUAAAACCUUCAAUAGCAAUCAAGUCAUCCGAUACGCUAUCAGAGAGCCAUGUUUCGGAAAUACAAACUAUAUCUAACUUACUAUCAAUAAGUAUCAUUUUCAAUUCACUAAAUUUACUCAAAUUGCGAGCACACAAACUUUGAAUGUUAAUGUGGCAAAUAUUCAGUUUACUGGAAAGUAAAGCACAAUUCAUAACAACUCGUGGUAUACAGGCAAAACUCGUAUUUGAGAGGGCAUUAUCUACAUUAGCUAACAUCGAACAUCAUUGAAUAACUGCGAAGUAGCAUAACCCCAACCCAUGAGUGGAAAUCAGCAACAAAUUGAAAUAUUGAAUGAAGCUUCAUGUGCACAAUAUUACAAUUAUUUCGAUACAAUUUGUUUAUAAUUUUAUCUAUAUAUAUAUAUAUGAUUCGUUAAUUGUGUAGCGAGAAGAAAAAAGUUCACUCAUUUUGAAUAUCAGUCGUUGCGAGUUUCGAACAACAGCAGCAGAUACAGCAACAGCAAAAGCAACAUCAACCAGAAGGCAGCAAUCCAGGUCCAAACGAUGGCAUCAUGACUUUCAGGAAGGGAUGAUUCAAAGGAGAAAUGAGGAAGGGAGUCAAGGAAAAACUUGGGAGGAAUAUACAGAAACUUAUCGGAUAAGGUUAAAUUUCAUUCGACUUUUAGGAGUGGAAUAAACAAGGAUUAACAUGAUUGGAUACAUGGACGUCAGGGCACGAAAUGAUAAAUAAAUAAGGAAAGGUUCGAUUUUACUUCAGUUGAUCCACGGAAUUUAUUUGAUUUGCAGCAACAUUCGCAGUAGAUUUCACGAAAACUGUACCGUCCCUUGUAAAGACAGAAUACAGCUUGCCUGCCUUCUUCAGUUUAACUGCAAGCGCCUUGAUCCUACGUGCCUCCAUUGUUAAGUUUUCGUUAAUGAAAAUCCUUUUAUUGACAGAAAAUCCCAAGUGCGUCAACGAGAGGUUGCGAGAAAAUAGGGAACGGUUGUAAAAGUCAUCACGAGCAAAUUUCAAACAAAACUGAAACACUAUCAGAGGAGUAGCACCGACAGCGAUUGGAUGUUUAGCUAGUCGUUUAGCAUAGAUGAGCGGAAUAUUUCUAUCGUCGUAUCCGAGGUUAUUCGCAAUCUUCGCGAAAUAAUGUUGUAGAUCUUCCGAAGACUGGAAAGGCACACCAGAAAGUAGCAAGUCGUUUCUUUUUUCAGCAACCAAUAUGCGUUCCUUGUUUAUCUCGUCAUCGUCACGAACACUAACGACCGACUCAGCUAGUCGUCUGACUUCCGAUGAACACUCUUAUUUGAUCUGCUGCAUUUCAUCCCGCAACGCUCCCAUCUCCGUCUGUAGUUCGCGUUUACAGCUUUCGAUACUGCGCUCAAUCUUAUCAUUGGUCUCGUCAAACAUUUUUCUCAUCCUAUUCCAAAGCUCGUCCAGUGAUUCCACUGGGCCAACUGUUUGUUCGUCCAUGGGCACGGUCAUCAACGUUUUAUUUACAUCCGCGGACACUGGUAAUGGUAUUUUGUUUUUACCCAUUGUUUGCACUGUUUGAGUGUGUGGUAUUUUGUUGUUUCCAGAACGUGUGAACAUUUGUGGAUCGUAAGUUGACAGACGAUUUCGUGAGUGACUCAAAGUCAACACAAGAUGGUAGACAAAGGCGACCAAAUAUCGAGAAUUCCAAAAACGACUGUCGACUUCAACACUUGCAAUCACCAAAACUUCAUAUAACUUGUUUAGAAAAACUCCUUCAAAGCACUACAAAACCAUCAGUGCAUAGUAAGAAAAAGAAUGAACCGAGAAUUUCAAUAUCGAAUCACAGCGUUCCGACUUCACUCGAUAUUAACGAGCAUCCCUUCAGAAACCCCAUUUCCAUUACAUGCCGUUUCAAAAAUUAGUUUUAUGGACAUGGAUUGAGGUACAACCGAAACUUCAAAGCUGAAAUAAACAAAUUGAGUUAUCACAGUUCCGUUUUUGAAGAAGAACCGAGGCUAUGUCCACUCAGUCAAUGGUUUAUCAAGCCAUUUACCAUUUCUAAACUCAUAAAAUUUAGAUUUCAGUUGCGCAAUAUAUUCUUUUUUUCAUAUUCAUUGAAAUAAACUUCAAAACUUCACGGUAAGUUUUAUGAAAUGCGCUAUAUAAAAUACCAAUUAGAAUAAACAUUGAAUCAGCUAUCAAAUUAUGCUCGAAAGUAAGAUAUGAAUUUUAAUUUCCUCCGAUAUGAAUGUGAAGACCAUUGAAGACAGUUUUUCGUACCACGUGAAGAUAUUUGAAAAAAUCACCUGGCAUCCCUGCUGGUGACGUAAAUAUUCUUCGUUAGUUUCCUUCUCUUUCUCUGACCUUCCCACUUAUGCGACAAAGAUCGAGACCUACACAGACUGAUUAUCACCUCUCGGGUGGUCCAGCGCUCUCGCUUGGGUCUUACCUAAACAAAGAAAGGAGGGAAAAGGGAUGAAUCGCAUGGCCGUGAUUUAUUUUUCAAAUGCACGUUGUGCCAUAAAUUUCUUAUGCACUUGUUUGCGCUAUCUUAGCUAGGUCCGUAACACUAUCUAUUAGUGAGUACGCUUAAAACAAAAACCAACCUCGAAAAAUAUGAUGACUGAAGUAAUGAUUUAAGGAUGACUUGAGCUCGCUCAUGCGUAGGUGAAUUAUUAUUCAAGGGUGCGGAGAUCAUCAUCAACCCACGAAACUUGAGUACGUUUUUUAAAUCCACGUUUUCGGCCAGUUAACUUCUGUGUACAGUAAACAUGAUUGAAAUCAAAGAAACGACAAACCUUCGACACUUGCUUGAAUUGCCAAACUGCCAAACUGUAGUGAAAUGAAACAUAUAUAAUCAUACAUGCACACUCGUACACCAAGCAUAUUUUUUCUACGAUUGCCUUUCAUGGAAUUUCUUCCCAAGAAUCGAUUUCCGAUAAAGAGAGAAACUAACUCCCGAUUCGAACAGUUCAAGUCCGAGUUUCCUGAAGUAUUGCGGCUAGCAACUAGACACAUAGAAAAAUUAAAUACAACCAAAAGCGAGCGUGUAAAACCAACCGAUGGUUAAUCAAGAUUAGCCUUGAUUCCACCGGUGAUUCGGGAGGAACUAUUCUCACAAUGUGAGAAAAACUGUGCGCAUUUGAUAAGAAUUCGAUGUUUUUGCUUUGUGAAUCGAGGGCGCAACACAUAAACCAAAUGUCAACCAUUGCAUUAUUCGUUCAUCCAAUCGCUUACUGUAGUAGUUUUAAGCGGACGCGCGAGCUGUAGAAUUUAUUUAAUGUAAAACAAACAAUUGAAGCGGAAAAUUUGUAUCACAAUGCCGAGUAAAACAAUUAAACCGAGAGAGGUAAUAUUUCUAUUAGUAUAUUGUAAGAAAUACAUUUUUAAUCCCUAGCGAAAUGUAAAUACAUUUUUCUGUGAUAUAUAAAUUGUAAAAAAUAGUAACUGAAUAUAAGGCGAUGAUAAAACUUUGUGAAGAUUUAAUCGUAUGCCGCAGAGGCAAGGCCACAAGAAAGAUUUGCUUUUAUUGUAUGUUGUUUUCUCAUUUGUUUCCAUUUACACCUUUACCAAUAGACAAAUUACCAGUAAAUGCAUUCGGCGGAAUAUAAUCAAUUGACAGCAGAAAUCGUUCAAUUCUCUUCAACAGAUGACUAUUACUUCUAUUAGAAUAUUUUUAAAAGUGCGGUUUCGUAUAUUUCACAAACAGCUAUUCAUAUUCGCUCGCUUUACUUAAACUGCUCGAAUAAUUUACAUCCUACAGGAGUUGUUGAAAAUUUCAAUUCAGACUGCCAGCGAAACAAGGGCAGCACUCACUACCACAGGAAACAAAUAGAUGCUAAACAUGAUCGGAUAUGGUAACAGACAAAUAAAUAAAAGCAUGCAAAUAGACAAGAUUAUGAAAAUGAAGGAAAAAAAACUAGAAAUCAACUAUACAGAAAAAUUCUUCAUUAUUUUGUUCGACAAUGUUCAAGAUGAAAAAAUAAACCAGAGCUGAUAUCUUCAAAAUAA